CCAUCAGUGACCCCUGGCCUCUUCACUCCCUUCCACUUCUCCUCUGUCAACGGAAAAACCUCGUGCGUUGUCGUCGAUAGCGGCCUGGUGACGAACAAUCCGGCAACAGCUGCCGUCACGCACGUCCUCCACAGCAAGCGUGAUUUUCCGUCGGUGAACGGCGUGGAGGAUCUCUCAGUCCUGUCCAUCGGAAACGGAGCUCAGGCAAAGAGAAUGAACAACACCGGCGAGUGCUCGACGUCGACGGUGGUUGACAUUGCGCUCGACGACGUUUUCGAGAUUGUUGACCAGAUGCUAGAAAAUACCUUCUGUUGGAACUGUACGAACUAUGUCAAGAUUCAAGACGAGGAGAUCCUCCACGCUGUUCACCGACGGGAAAUCGCUCUUGUUGUGGAGGACGUGCGUGACGACAGCUAUCGGAUUGUUCAUCAUCAGGCUGCCGUCGACGGCGACGCACAAGGUUUUUCCGUCGACAAAGAAGAAGUGGAAGGGAGUGAAGAGGCUAGGGGUCGUCGACGGUGCGAGAUGCGGUAG